AGGUGCUGGGAUCAUGGAUGCAAUGGCCGGGCUUUCACAACGUCGAGCAACUUGAAGAGACACCAACGAGAACGAUCUAGCAGCCGUGCAUAUCAUUUAUGUCCGUUGUGUGGGGCGCAUUUUAGCCGCACCACAGCCAGGAACGAGCAUGUACAGAACAGGAGCUGU